AUGUCGAGAACCAGACAACCCCCUCAUAGCACCAAUAAGGAGCCCGGGACCAAAGGGGAGAAAUUCGAGGUCACAAACUUGAACAUGAAGUCAGGGAUGAGCCUGAAGAUUAAAGGCAAGAUCCAGGAGAAUGUUGACCGCAUCACCAUUAACGUGGGCCAGGGGAAAGACAAGCUGAAUCUGCAUUUUAACCCUCGCUUCAACGAAUCCACCAUUGUCUGCAACUCUUGUGAUGGCGGCAGCUGGGGCCAAGAGCAACGAGACAGUCACAUGUGCUUCAGUCCAGGAGCAGAGGUCAAGAUCACUGUGGCCUUCCGGGAUAAUGAGUUCAAGGUGAUGCUACCUGAUGGACACACGGUGACCUUCCCCAACAGGCUGGGCCACAACCACCUGCACUACCUGAGCAUGGAUGGGCUCCACAUCUCCUCCUUCAAGCUUGAGUGA